CCCACCCGCCACCUGUCUCUUUUAUGCCCCCUCGCUCCCUUUUCUUAGUUCUUAGUCUCCAUUUUCGUUAUUGCCGAGGCCCAAUCCCCCUUUAAAUUCCCCUUCAUUUUACAUGCUUUUCUCAUAUGAAAAAUUCAAAGCAAUAAUAAUAGCAAAAUCUCUAUCACAUUCUUUGAUUAUUAUUGUUAUUCUAAUCAAUGACGACUCCGCCAAUCAAGCUCAAGCGGUCGCCGAACUCGGCUCCGGCGGCGGCAGUGGUGCAGGACGCGCGCCUUCUCGUGCGCGAGACGAUGCGAAUCAGCGCGAAUCUGGCGACGUCGAGUGCGCCAAUCGGCGAGGCGGCCGUGGUUGUGGAUGAUGCGAGGUCGUUUGGAUUGGUGGAACGACCGCAGUUUGUUGAGUCGAGCUUGAGGUUGAUCUGCGCAGAGGAAAUCGACGGUCGGAGAUGGAACUACGUGGCGGAGAAAGAUGGUGCUGGAAAGUUUAAGAGGAAUUCUUUUCGUGCUGUUUCUUUGCAGAGUCCUCAAGCUCCUGCCGAGGAAUUGAUGUCAUUCAUAAGAUCUUAUGUGGUACCGGAUGGUUUCCCUGAUAGUGUCACCCCUUCUUAUGUGCCAUACAUGAAAUGGAGGGCUUUAAAGCACUUCUUUGGUGGAGCAAUUGGUGUUUUCACUACUCAAACCCUUUUGAGUUCUGUUGGGGUCUCUAGAAAUAAAGCCACUCCUGGGGCUGUUGCUAUUAAUUGGAUUAUCAAGGAUGGUGCUGGCCGAAUUGGAAAAAUGAUUUUUGCCCGACAAGGAAAGAAAUUUGAUUAUGAUUUGAAACAGCUUCGGUUUGCUGGUGAUCUUCUUAUGGAGUUGGGUGCUGGGGUAGAAUUGGUAACUGCAGCUGUGCCUCAUCUAUUUCUUCCUUUGGCUUGUGCUGCUAAUGUUGCAAAGAAUGUGGCAGCUGUGACAUCCACAUCAACACGUACACCAAUUUACAAAGCCUUUGCUAAAGGGGAAAAUAUUGGGGAUGUCACUGCUAAAGGAGAAUGUGUUGGAAAUAUUGCAGAUCUGCUGGGAACCGGUUUGAGCAUAAUUAUCUCAAAAAGAAAUCCCUCUCUGAUAGCUACAUUUGCACUUCUUUCUAGUGGAUAUGUUUUAAGCUCCUACAAAGAGGUUAAAUCUGUAGUGUUGCACACAUUAAACCGGGCAAGAUUUUCUGUGGCUGUAGAUUCCUUCCUCAAGACAGGGCGAGUUCCCUCAUUACAAGAGGGGAAUUUGCAGGAAGAUAUAUUCAGUUUUCCCUGGUUAAAGGGUAGACCUGUUGUUCUUGGAUCAAGAUUUAAAGAUGCGUUCCAAGACCCAGGUGCAUAUCUUUCCAUAGAGCCUCUAUUUGAGAAAGAGAGAUAUGUAGUAACAUAUAAUCCUUCAAAAGGUAAAGUAUAUGCAUUGCUCAAGGAUCAGGCAAAGUCAGAUGACAUUCUAAAAGCAGCAUUUCAUGCUCAUGUGCUUUUGCAUUUCAUAAAUUUUGAAAAUAAUUCUCAAUCGUCAUCCUGGAAGGAACAGGAAUCUGAUCAUUCAAGACUAAUGCACACAACUGCUGAUCUUGAGGCUCGCAUUUCAGAAUCAUGUAAGACAGUCUCAAUAGCAUAUGGGCUUUUCAAGAGGAAAGCUGCAGAACAGGGUUGGAGAAUGUCUGAUUCACUUCUGAAUCCUGGCCGAGCAAGAAUUGUAUUCCCUGGUUAACAUGCUCUAUCUCUAUCACCAUUCAAGGUCAGCUGUUAAACUUGCCAAAGAGAUUUACAUCUACAACCAAUCCUGAAAACAUACAGGUGAACAAGAGAUCGCCAUUGAUACCGUGGAAACCAUGAAUCUUGUCAAGCCUGAGGCAUAAUCCGAAACAUUCACAAAACACUCCGUUGUGCACGAACUCCACUACCUGAGUGAAAGAAAUUAACCAUUUGCAUAAAGUUGCAUGGUGUAAUAUACAUAGGAACUACUUUCAUUUCUGGGUUUCCAAAUGUCUUUUCGUUUUCCUUUUCUCUUAAGUUUAUUUUACCAUAUUUGAAACCCAUUUUUGUAUCAAAAAUUUCUCCACUUCUCAACACAACGCUGCAGAGGUAAAUAUCAAGUUUCUUUACUAGUGAAAA